GGAGCGGGGCGGGAGGCGGCUCCUGGGAGCGAGCUGAAGCUGCGGCGGUCGGGCCGCAGGCACCGCCGUGCGGGCAGAGGAGGGAGCCGGGCCUGUAGCGGGAAGACAAGAGACAGCGGGUUUGGAGCAGGGAUGUUAAAAAGGUCAAUUAUACAUGAUUGGUGACAUUGAAACUAAAGAAUGCCAACUGAAAGAUCCCGUGGAUUUGUUUCAUUCUGGGCAAGUUGUAAAAAUAUGUGCCCCCAUGGUCCGCUAUUCCAAGUUGGCUUUCAGAACCCUGGUUAGGAAAUACAGUUGUGAUUUAUGUUACACGCCAAUGAUAGUAGCAGCUGAUUUUGUGAGAUCUGCAAAAGCGAGGGACAGCGAAUUCACAACCAACAAAGGUGAUCAUCCAUUGAUUGUUCAGUUUGCUGCUAAAGAAGCACAGGUUUUGUGUGAUGCUGCCCGUAUCAUCUGUCCUUUUGCAGAUGGAAUAGACCUAAACUGCGGCUGUCCUCAGAGGUGGGCGAUGGCAGAAGGUUAUGGUGCUUGCUUAAUAAAUAAACCAGAGCUUGUUCAGGAUAUGGUGAGACGUGUACGGAAUCAGAUCAACAAACCAAGAUUUUCAGUAUCUAUUAAAAUAAGAAUCCACGAGGACUUAAAAAGAACAGUUGACUUGUGUCAAAAAGCUGAAGCAACUGGAGUUUCAUGGAUUACAGUACAUGGGAGAAGUGUAGAAGAAAGACAUCAGCCUGUACAUUACGAUGCAAUUAAAAUAAUUAAACAAAGCAUGUCUAUACCUAUUGUGGCUAAUGGAGACAUCAGAACUUUAAGAGAUGCUGAAAAAGUUCAUCACUUGACAGGAGCAGAUGGUGUAAUGGUGGCUAGAGGACUCUUAGCAAAUCCAGCAAUGUUUGCAGGAUAUGAAGAGACACCUUUGAAGUGCAUCCAGGACUGGGUUGACAUUGCUCUUGAGCUUGGAACUCCUUUUACAUGUUUUCACCAUCACUUAAUGUACAUGAUGGAACGCAUAACUUCAAAGCAAGAAAAGAAAGUUUUUAAUGUUUUAUCAAGUACUUCAGCAGUACUAGAUUAUCUGAAUGACCAUUAUGGUUUGGGAUAACAAAAAGUAUUUUAGUUCUAUAUGAACUUGUAUUUUUGCAAUUAUCGAUACAUUGUUCAAUUUUUGUGUUUCUACUUUUUAGUCACAUUCCUAUACUGAGUAUGUAUUUUCAACACAGCAUAACAUUCUGAUCAAGGUGAUACUUUAUAUUUUUAGUAUUUUUAUGUCAACAUUUUUCACUCUGGAAGAUAGUCCAGACCACACAAAUGCGGAAUUCUCUUCCCAAUGCACUAUGACACAGAGGAUUGAUUAUUGUAAGACUCCAGUAUUUUUAGUUUUUCACCAAACAAUUGCAUAUAGCAGUGUUUGCAAAACUAGGGACUUUCUUACAUAAAACCUCCUAAAAUCAGAAGGACUACUUAUAAGUAAUACCAAGAAUUUCAAACCAAAAGAAUACAAAGGGGGCAGUUGUAGAAGUUUUUGCCUCAACUGACUAAGCUGUACUUUUAAAUUUGAAUAGAUGUUUCAAGCUUAAAAGACUGAGGCCUUGAAACCCAGCACAGUAUCCUCUUUUAAAUUAGAUGUUGCUUUUGCAGACUAAAACUUUCUCCACUUGCUUAGAACUCAGAAAAAUUCCACACUUCAUAUAGUGGAAGAAACCUGGAAUAGAUAAAUGAUGAUGGAAGGGGGGAAAGAGUAAAAUGAAGAGGUAGCUUAAACUAUCUCAAUGUACAAACUUAGCUGAAUCUAAAAUACAAGCCUUGAAAGUUCAAUCUAACUAAAUUCAGUUUUGUUUAUUUAUUUUAUAAUGAUUAUAUAAAAUAUUAAAUCCCUGUCAUCUACCAAAACAGAACUUUAUAGGUCAAAGAAAAGCCGACAGAUUUUCUCAGUGGGGCUCUUGAAGUCCUUUUUGCCUGCUGAUAUGUUGCUUAUCAAAGCAUGGCAGCCACUUGGCUUUGAAUCUUUGUAUAGGAGGGAAAUAGUGAAAAUUGGAACAAGAUAAUAACAUUACACACCAGCUGCACUUGUUCUGCAAAGGAAAUUUCACAAAUCUGCAUGGUACAAUUAUUUGUAAUCAAAUAAUUUGUUUGCUUUCAAAGUUUACACAGAUAUUAAUUCCAGAAAUUGCUUCACUUUCUGCCUCUGAAACUUCUGUGAAUAUACAAGUGAAUAGUUCCAAAUUUUCUAAAUAAAUUACUUGGUUUUCUAAACAAUUGUACUUAUUUUUUAUUACACUAUAAAUUAUGACAAUGUGAGGGAGGGGAGUUUGCUUUUGUUGAUACUCCCCAAAUCACUUAAAUAUCAAACUACUUACAAAUUUUUAAUUCAGUUGCAUAAAAGAUCAUUUUUCAUAAUGAAUAUGUCUGCUUUAGGCAUAUGAACAUAAGUUUGAAAGGCACGACCGGGGUCAUCAAGUUUAGUUCACUAUUUAAGACAGUGGAGUUAUAUAACUUCCAGUAUGGUCACCUUUCUGAUGUGUUAACGAAUGGAAAACUACAGACAUGCUUUGAUAUAGUAGGCUGAUUGAGAAAAUCUCUGCAACCUUUUUUGAUGCAAUAGGUUCUCCAUUCCUUCAGACACCUUUCAUCACCCUUCUGGAUUGUAUUUUUUGUUGACAUUGGAUGAGCACAAUUACAUGUUGUAUUCCAGGAAUACCCCCCAGCAAUGUCUUCUGCAAUUAAUACUUCUCUUUCUGAUGCCUCACUUUUCCUUGACUAAUAUUCAUAAUGUAAUUUCUGAGCUCCCUGUUCUACAGCAAAAGUUCUUAUAUCCCAAAUGCAUUACAUAGUAUUUAGGACUGCUCAGUUUCCAGCCUCAAGUUCAUCCAACUACAGUGCAAUACUCAGUUCUCCUCAGUUCUGAAAAUGCGUCCAGCCUUCUGCAUCAAAAUUAAAAAGUUAAACCAUACAACCGAAAUGUAGAAGAAAGGGAUCAUUGAAAGGGAUUAUUGAACCAUGCCCUGUCUUAGCAUUUCCUCAAGAUUUUUAUGAUAUGAUGAGUAACUAUUACUUGUCCCAUUAGCCACAAGGAGAGGAGAAGAAAAAGUCAUGUAUUAAAUAACACAAAUGCAAGGUGAUUUUUUUUCUUUUUAGGGGGGAAUGUGAAUUUUGAGAACUUGAAAUACCUUGACCUAUUUAGGAGUUGAAUACUUGAUGAUUUUGAAGGCAGCAGUUGUUGUGCCUCUGUGAGAUCAAUCAUAGAGAUUUCUGCCUGAAGUACAAGAUCUAGGUUGCUGUUAAUAUUGCUAGUAAUUAAAGAAUGCUUUAUCUGGUCAGUUAUGCACCAUGAAAGUCCACAGAAGUUUAUCAUCCCUUUCUAAGAAUUACAUUAAUUUUAAGCCUUCUUGUCUUGUGAAUUUUGUAUACACUCCACUGUAUUGAUGUAGAAUAAAUGGCAAAAUUGGAGUUUA